UUUGUUAGCUAGGAGAUGAAGCUUGAAGAGCAUUCAAGUUAAUCUAAAAUUGAAGCUUGGGUAGAUGGGAAUCAUAGCCGUUCUCUUAAAAGAGGGAUUAAAUCCAAGUGAGGUAUCUUGUUUCUGGCUGUUUACAACAUGAAGAGGAAGAACCUGUAAGCAGUUAAAGUGGCUUGUAGAGCAUUUUACCCCUAAUUAUUAAGUGUGUACUCAAUUAUAUAUUUAUAUGAAAGUGAAAUAACGUUACUGUCAAUCUGAGUAGUCAAUGUUAGUUUUAAAGGUAACGUGUGCACCAACAUUUUUAAAAUGUAUGAGUGAUUCACAAUGCAGUGGCUUAAUCCCCUUUUGAUUAGUAAAUACCCCAGUGGAGACAUUUAAAAGUAUAUACUAUAGUUCUAAUAUUCCCUCAUCUUAAAGAUUGAUUGGAGCAUCUCACUUUGAAGACCACAGUUGUAGAAGGCUGUUGAAACAAGUCUAGAAUCCAAGGGAGGAAGUAAAGGUGACACGAUGGACUGGACUAGCAGCUUUGGAAAUUGAAAAAAACAGGGUUCACCUGUAAGUGAUACUGUAGGUAGGGCUUUUUUCUGGAAGGAGUAGGAUUGUCCGAGAUCAUUAUGCACCAAGGAUACCUUCAGUUUAAUAGGCAAUUGAGGCUUUGUGUUAAAACACCUAAGGUAUUAAAGACACCUAUGAUGCAGACAAAGUAAAGAGGAAAAGAUGGGUGUUGGGAAGGGACGGGGACGCUGGGAAGAAGUGCUGAUUUGGGAAACUACGUGUUGCCUCUGCCCGCCCCCCCCCUUGUGGUACCUGCUUACUGCAGUCCUCCAGGUGCUGUUUAUGGUCUGGUUUUACCGUUUUCCAGGCUCUACUUUCUCUGUCCAUUCCUCUUAACAUCCUGGGUCUAUGUAAAUGACGUGGCUCAGCUUAUAGGGGCUGCAAAGAAAUUGACGAGGAGCAAGGUCAGUGGGGCUUUGAAGCCAAAGGCGGAGUCUAAGCAGCCCUUCACCCUAGCGAGCAAGGUGUGAAACUAAACACCUGUGCGCGGGCAGGUGGCGUGCAGCCAGCAGCCCAGGCCCAACCUGGAGGCCACGGGGCAGGUGGGGGCGCGGAGGCGGCCUGCUUUCUCCGCGCGAGCCCUUUAAGGUCAGCGGCGGAAGUGCGUGGCGGCACGUGGCCACACUGGGCGCCGGGGUGGAGCGGCGCGGCUAUGGAUGUGGGCGCCGACGAGUUCGAACAGAGCUUGCCUCUGCUGCAGGAGCUAGUCCUGGGCGCGGACUUCGUGGGUCUGGACAUAGAGUUCACCGGCCUUCGUUCCUGCUUGUCGCGGCCGGAGCAGAUCAGUCUUUUUGACUUGCCGUCGGAGUGGUAUCUAAAGACCCGUCAGAGUGUCCAGCAAUUCACAAUCUGUCAGAUUGGAUUGUCUGUGUUUUCCAGCAUUGAAGGAGAGUCAAACAAGUACGUAGCCCAUUCGUGUAACUUCUUUCUCUUCCCUACAACAUUUGGGAUUUUGGAUUCAGAGUUCUCUUUCCAGGCUUCUAGUGUUCAGUUUUUGAAUCAGUAUGGCUUCGACUAUAACAAGUUUCUUAAAAAUGGAAUCCCAUAUAUGAAUGAAGAACAGGAGAAGAAAAUUAAACACAACAUCCUGACUGGGAACUGGAAAGUUCGCAGUUCCCUGGAUAAAGAUCAAAUCAAGGUGGUGAUUGAUGAGGUGACGCGGUGGCUGCACCUGGCAGAGGAAGGCGACUGGAUGACUCUCCCUGGCAUCUCUGGCUUCCAGGCCUUCGAAGUCCAGCUCGUGCUGAGGCAGGCCCUCCCCGACAUCUGGACGGUGCUGCGAGACCGAGGGGUGAUAGUGAAGAAAGUGAGUAAACAACAUCGCUGGUAUCUUGAGAACAACUCUUGUGAUCGAGAGAGCUGUUGGAAGGAGAAGAUCCUUCUCUCUGCGAGGGGCUUUUCUGUGUUUUUCCAGAUGCUGGUGAAAGCCCAGAAGCCCUUAGUGGGACAUAAUAUGAUGAUGGACCUGCUGCAUCUCCAUGAGAAGUUCUUCAGACCUCUCCCAGAAAGCUACAAUCAAUUUAAGCUGAAUAUCCACAACCUGUUUCCUGUCCUCAUCGAUACCAAGAAUGUGACAAAGGAUAUCUGGAAGGAGCUGAAUUUCCCAAGGGUGUCAAAUCUUUCCGAAGUCUAUGAAGUCCUAAACAGUGACUUGAAUCCCACCAAGAAUUCUGGGCCAGUGAUUAUUCACGCAAGCAAGUGUGAAAAAUACGUUGAGACCAAGUACCCUCAUGAAGCAGCGUAUGAUGCCUUCCUCUGCGGAUCAGUUCUUUUGAAAGUGGCACACUUGCUUCUGUGGAGAGUGCAUGGUCAGAAUUUUUCGGGUCCAGAUUACCCCAGUAUCCGGCCCCCCAUCCUCAUCCUCACUGUCAGGAGGUGGCCUGAGGUCAGCGAGCAGCAAGUGUAUCGCGAGUUCCAGAACCUCUGCAAAUUCGAUGUCCGGCGACUCACACGGAGCCAGUUCCUGCUCUUGACCAAUAAGUUCAAGGAUGCUCGGAGUAUCCUGAAGGAGUACAAGCACCACCCUACCCUGCAGGUCACCCUGUAUCGGCACUGGAGACACUCGCCGAAUGUCAACUGCUUGUUACGCGUCUGUGGCAUAGUCGCCACCUGGGCCCUUGUCGCGUUUCUUCUGGGAAGACCUAGCUCCUGACGCGGCAAGGCCAUCUGCAGCUAGGCCCCAUCUCCGCACCUCUCGGGAACGGCCAUCCUCGGUGGUUUGUGGGACUCCUGCUUACAGAUGGAACUCCAUGGUCCUUACAAGGAAUUUUGUUAUGUUUUGAGUGAGAAAUUCUGUAAACAUUAUCAGUGAUAAAGAAAUCCUUGGAUCUGGUA